AUGUUGAAGAAACUGACCACAGGCGCCGUUCUGCUGCUGUUUUAUGUGCAAUCACUCCAUUCCUCCGCCCUGCCUGCUGUGUCCUCCUAUGAGUUUAACGCCUACAGGAUGCAGCAGUACAACCUGGUGCAACAGAAAUACGGCUGCCGUGGGGCCAUUGUGGUGGCGGAAGCAAGGUCAUCAGAUGAGCCAGUACUGACCAGACGCUGUGUCAUCAUGAAGGUAGCAGACUUCACCACAGAGAAAUACCUCGAGGCCCAGAGGCAGAAUGCUGCCGCCAUAUUGAUCCUCCUCCCUAGAAACACCUCUUCUGUCUCACAAGAGGCCAUACAGUCCUUCAUGGUCAGUGAGAGUGAAGCCCUGCUGAAGGAGACACUCAUGCCUGUGUAUGUGGCGCCUGAGGAUGAGCAGCUCCUCUGCAUGUAUGAGGAGGUCAAACAGGCCGCAGCCACCCGCACCUCCUCCAUACUUGUACGAGUUCUUCGUAGUAUGGUCACAGCCACCGCCUUUCAGAUCUUGGUGAGCAACAACAGCCCUAUUAAGGCCAUCACCGACAACACACUAGUUACACUGGAGGGCGUGCUACCUGGAUCAGGGGAGGAUCCACCCACCAUUGUCAUCACUGCUUACUACGACUCCUAUGGUCUGGCCCCAUGGCUGUCACACGGCGCAGACUCUAACGGCAGCGGAGUCACCAUUUUGAUGGAGCUGGCACGUCUCUUCCAAAAGCUUUACAGCAACCCAAGCACCAGACCACCGUAUCAUUUGAUGUUCUCCCUCACUGGAGGAGGCAAAUACAACUUCAUGGGCACCAAGAGAUGGAUUGAGGAGAACCUGGACCAUGCCGAGUCCAGCCUGCUCCAUGACAACGUGGCGUUCGUUUUGUGUUUGGAUACUCUGGCUAAUGGUGACGAGCUUUACAUGCAUGUGUCCCGCCCUCCGAAACCUGGGACCUCUAUGCACUCCUUUAUUCAGCAGCUGGAAGAGGUGGUUUCCUUUCGAUUUCCUUGGGUAAAGAUAGGAAUGAUUCAUAAGAAGAUCAAUCUCGUGGAGUCCACAGUAGCCUGGGAGCACGAGCGCUAUGCCCUGCGCAGGAUCCCGGGGUUCACUCUGUCUCAUCUGGAGGACCCCAAAUCUGAGCUCCGGGGAUCCAUGCUAGAUACCAUGUCACAGGUGGACUUCAGGAAACUCAAACGUAACGGCAUUAUAAUAGCAGAGGCGCUGGCACGGUUUAUGUUCAACUUCUCUGACAAGGGCUCACCAAGAGACCUACAGGUCUUCAAGGGCCAAAUGGACUUGCAGGACAGUCGUUUGUCAAGUCUGAUGUCCUUCCUGACGUCAGUCCCACGGGCCACCCAGCUGCUGGACAAGGAGCCCAGACACAUCCUGCUGCUCAACUCGCUGGAGCAGGAGUUCAGACACUACUUGUUGCAAGUGCACAGGCACACCUUCCGACAGGACAAAAGAGACCCUGAUAUUACAUUUUUUGACCAGAUGAAUCAGCCCGUGAUGAUGUACAGAGUGAAGCCCGCCGCAUUUGAUCUCUUCCUGGGUGGCUGCAUAGCAGCUUAUUUGGGAAUAGUUUACUAUGCCAUCCAGAAUUUUGGCUACCUCUACAAAAAACUCAAAUCGGUGGUGAAAUCCAAGCACCAGUGA